GGAAGAGGGAGGGAUGGACACUGAGGGGCAGGUCCACUGGGCUGAAGACAGCUGGGAGUCGACCAUUUAAACCUCCUUAUAACAUAAAGUGAAACAUGCAGAGCCUGUUGAGCAUCUGACCAGUGAAAAGAGGACUGUUCUGUCUGCGCUCGAACUCUUCUCCACACCUGCAGAGCACCCAGAGAACACGAGCCUCUGACUGACUCUAACGGGAGCCAUGACGGCCAUCAACGCACCUCGGGACAAAUACCAUGCAGUCUGGAUCAUUUUCUUCAUCUUGGGCUUGGGAACCCUCUUGCCAUGGAAUUUCUUCAUGACAGCAACCAUGUACUUCACCAGUCGGCUGAAAGAUCCACCCACCGACGUCCCCUCCAAUCAGACAAUCAACGUGACUCUGGCGGCGGAAGACACUCGCAAUGUGCUGGAGUCAAAGUUUAACAAUGUGAUGACGCUGUGUGCCAUGGUGCCUCUGCUCAUCUUCACCUGCCUCAACUCCUUCAUACACCAGAGGAUUCCUCAGAAGCUGCGUAUCUCUGGCAGCUUGACGGUCAUCCUGGUGGUUUUCCUGCUGACAGCUGUGCUCGUCAAAGUGGACAUGGCCCCUCUGCCUUUCUUCGCCCUCACUAUGAUCAAGAUUGUCUGCAUCAACUCGUUCGGGGCGAUUCUUCAGGGCAGUCUGUUCGGGCUCGCCGGAAUCCUCCCUGCCUCCUACACCACUCCCAUCAUGAGCGGGCAGGGCCUGGCCGGCGCUUUCGCCGCUUUCUCCAUGAUCUGCGCUCUAGCCAGUGGAUCAGAGCUGCAGGACAGUGCUUUUGGUUACUUCAUCACAGCCUGUGUUGUUAUUCUUCUGGCUAUAAUAUCCUACCUCACUCUUCCCAAGAUGGAGUUCUUCCAGUACUACAUGGAGUCCAAUAAAUCCAGGCCUUCUGCUGAUGAGGAGAACAAGAUGGACUUACUCAAAAAAGAAAGUCCAGCAGAGAAGCGGCCGGUGGUGAAUCUGAUGGAAGACGAGGCCAAACCCGGCGUGUCUGUGUUAAACAUCUUCAAGCAGAUCUGGGUGAUGGCUCUGUCUGUGUGCUUCAUCUUCACCGUCACCAUCGGAACCUUCCCGGCCGUGACUGUCGAGGUCAAGUCAAUAGCAACUGAAGGCGCCUGGAAUACUUACUUCAUCCCUGUGUCCUGUUUCCUCCUGUUCAACGUGAUGGACUGGGCUGGCAGGAGUCUGACGGCCGUCUGCAUGUGGCCGGGUAAAGACAGCAUCUGGCUCCCCGUCCUGGUGGGCCUGCGGGUCAUCUUCAUCCCUCUCUUCAUGCUGUGUAACGUCCAGCCUCGUCACUACCUCCCCGUGUGGUUUUACCACGACGCCUGGUACAUCGUCUUCAUGAUCUUCUUCUCCUUCUCCAACGGAUACCUGGCCAGCCUCUGCAUGUGCUUUGGACCCAAGAAGGUGGCGCAGCACGAGGCGGAGACGGCGGGGGCCAUCAUGGCCUUCUUCUUGUCUCUUGGCUUGGCGCUGGGUGCUGCUUUCUCCUUUGCUUUCCGGGCCAUGAUCUAAAGCCUGCAGCAGGACGUCAAGUAGAUAUAGAUUAGACCACUCCACCCUCAAACACACCAUGAGUCUAAAUAGGCUAUUUUUUUUAUUUUUUAUCUGAAUUCAUGCAACACAGUCCACAAACAUGUGCUGCCCCUGGGGGCAUUUUCUAAUCAGUACCACUGUUCAAACAAACUGUUUAAGCACAAAUCAAAACCAAAACUGUUAAAUAAUAAGUUGUAGUGGACUCGUUGAAGUAGAGAGAGAGGAAAUUCUUUGAAAAGCCUUUAAAGUUGACAUCUUGAGCCCAACAGUGUUAAAACGACCUGCAGCAUCGCAGCCCCACUCACAGAACGUUCUUUCGCACAAAAUUAGUAAAAAAAAAAAAUUUUUCAAUAUCCCCUAAAAUAAUCACAUUUGUAGGAAUCACAGGAUGGUGGGUAAAAGUGUUCCACAGUCUUUUGUUAUAGAUGUUCCUGUUCAUCUAGACUUUUUGAAUUUUUAAUUUGUAAGUUGUGAUUAAGUUUUGGGUUGUUGUUUUUUUAUUUUGUUAUGACGUACAUCACUCUUGUUGCAGCUUUUAUUUCCCAUCAAACCAAAUACACAAAAACAACCUGGGAAAACUAUUAACUCUGAAGGGAAAUCUUGACCCGUCGAACAGCUUAUGAACAUCUUCACCUCUUCUCUCUGCUUCAGCUUUUUCAUAACGGCUCUGUAAAAGAAUGUAAUGACGGACAGAAUCCUAAAGACGAGGUUUACAUCAGCGAUCUGGGCCGUCAACUGUCUGGGAACUUUCCUGCUGAAGCUUCAUCGUGUUAGUGUUUGUAGUUUUAGAUGAAGUUCUUGGUCUGUUUUCCAUCUGAAAACAUCCUCUUCCUUCACUUUGACAAGCUUUGGGUUCAUACUGUAUUAUCUAUGUGAUGUGUUUUUUUUUUUUUUUUUACUGUUGCUGUGUCUUCCCGACUAAGCAAAUAAGAGAUUUUGUCACCAUGUAUUUUGAAAUGCAACACUAAUAUGCAAGAGAAAUGCAGCUGUGACAUGAAAUGUGCCAUUGUGGGUGAGACUCUUAAAUCUCACUCCUCCUCUUGUGUCGUUUACCAUUAAUCAUGUUAUCGAGGGAGAUGAGUUUUAUACCAGGACUAGUUUUUAGUAUGUUUCUCAACCUGAUAAAAGGCCUGUUGAUGUUGUACCUUCAUUUAUUUGCAUAUUUGUGGCCUUUUGAUGCUUUUUUUUUUCUUAAAAAACAAAAACUGCUUUAAUUGUACACAUUCAUUACACCAGCUGUUAAACAUCCAUGCAGUCUGUUUAAAAGCACAAUGUUUGUCUGGUCCUUGUACUUUGUGUUUUGCGUUGAAAGUGUGACACAGACAGUUAAAAAGUUAUGAAUAUUUCAAUCUAAGACGGUUGUGUGAUAAAAUAAAUGUGUGUUUUUAGGA